AUGGCGGAUGUAACCAAGCCCAAAGCCCGCAAGGGCAAGCCUCACCGCAAAGGAAAGAAGAGGCGUGUACGGAAUCGUGGUGGCAAGGCCCGCCCCGCGGCGCCAGAUGCGGCUCAGACUCAGCCACUAUCAGAAGUGCUCAACGAGACCAAACCAAAGAAGCGAACAGCAAAGCCAUGGACUGCUGUUGUGCCUGUCUCGGAUGAUCCACUUGAACAAAAUAUUGUCGAGCGUGUCCCUAUGCCCGAAGAAUAUAUCUUUGUCCCCAAAGGCGAUGUGUACAUCACACGACACUGCCGCAGUAAGACCAAAGAAUCAAACCAAAUAGUCUAUCUAGUCUACAAACCAAACGGCAAACACACACUCGGAAUCCGAGUCCCAUCAGAAAUUCACACAACAGUCCUCGAGUCAGCAGAAGCAACAGCAGAAUCACGCGCAGACGCAGUAAAAGUUCGUGACGCAAACGAUGCCCGCAAAAACCGCAAACUCCUCAUGGAAGAAUUCCCUCUAAUGCCCGAGGCAAGCCUGGAGAUUAUUCUCGACCAUGCAUUCUUGAAAGGAUCUGGACGGGUGGGCAGGACGGCUCGGAUAUCUGAUGAACAUCGGAUACAUUUGGCUGUUGAGGCUCAUAUUCGCCAUGUGAGGACGGACUAUGAUAAGCUUCUUGAUGAGGGUCUUGAGCGGCAUGAGGCGAGGAAGCGGGUUUGGGAUGAAGUUCAGGCUAUUGAGCGGGCGUGGCAGGGCUCUACGAUCAAGAAGGAGGAGGAGGUUGAGAAGGAUGAGAAGGGACAUAGUCCAUUGGCUUUGCGACUGGCGUGA